AUGGCUGAUUUGACACACUCCUCGGUUUCAUCGUCUUCCAAGCAGCCCUGCGCCCAUUCUCACGAUGAAGUCGCGCCGGCAGCAGCAGAGAAUAUCGCCUAUGAUCACAAUGGCGUCAGGGGGAUUGUCAGAUCCCCUUUUGUCCUUGGUGCGGCCCUCCUGGCUUCGUUUGGAGGGUUCUCUUUUGGCUAUGAUCAAGGAGUCAUCUCUUUGAUCCUGGUUAUGCCCCAGUUCAUCAAGCGGUUCCACGAGGUCGACCCGAACGCCCCAGGCUCUGGCUUCCAUACGGGUUUCAUGACCGGGAUGUUAGAACUAGGGGCGUUCAUCGGGUGUCUCUUCUUCCCGUCCCUUGCGGACAGGAUCUCGCGAAAAUGGGCCCUCACUGCCGCUACUGGAUUCUUCUGCGUCGGUGCGACCAUCCAGACCGCAGCGCAGAAUUACGAUUCCCUUGUAGCUGGUCGGUUCAUCGGCGGUAUUGGCGUAGGCACGCUAGCCAUGGGUUCACCGUUGUAUAUCUCUGAAAUCGCUCCCCCUAACCUGCGAGGAUCGCUGAUGGUCCUCGAGUCUAUCACCAUCGUCAUAGGCGCUAUUUCAUCAUAUUGGAUCACCUACGGGACAAGGUACCUGCACGGUGAAUGGGCAUUCAGACUGCCGUUCCUCAUCCAGAUGAUUCCCGCCCUCUGCGUCGGCUGUGGCAUCCACUUCUUCCCCUUCUCGCCUCGGUGGCUGGCCCUUCGCGAUCGGUCUGGAGAUAGUUUGCGGGCACUGUCGAAGCUGCGACGACUACCCCCGUCUGACGAGAGGGUGCGGUUAGAGUGGACUGGGAUCCUGUCUGAGAUUCGGUUUCAGAAGCAACUGCUGCGCAGACAAUCCCCGGACACAGGCCCGGUCAUGAUGGAAGUGAAGCAGUGGAUCGAUCUCUUUCGCCCUCGGUCUCUUCGACGGACGAUUGUGGCGCUUGCCAUUCCAUUUUUUCAGCAGUUCUCCGGUAUCAACGCAUUUGUCUACUAUGCACCCACCUUCUUCGCCGACCUGGGCCAAAGCUACAGCAUGUCGCUGAUUCUCUCCGGCGUGGUCAACAUUUGCCAGCUAGUCGGCAACAUUCCCAUCUGCCUCUACCUGGACCGCCUCGGGAGACGCAAUCUCGCUGUGAUCGGGGCAUUCGCCAUGGCUGUUCCGCAUCUGAUCAUGGCUGGUCUUACGGGCGAAUACAGCUCAAACUGGGGCAGCCAUAGAGGCGUGGGGUGGUUCAGCGUGGCAUUAAUCUAUACCUACGUCUUCUUCUACGCAUCCUCCUACGGCCCGCUAGGCUGGACUCUCCCCGCCGAAGUCUUCCCCAGCUCGCGGCGCGCCAAGGGCGUCGGCAUGGCGACGGCCAUGAACUGGCUGGCGAAUUUCAUCAUCGGGGUCGCCGUCCCGCAGAUGAUCAAGUCUAUGCGCUGGGGCACGUUUUUGUUCUUCGGGCUGUUCUGUGUCGCGGCGGGGGUGUUUUCGUUCUUCUUUGUGCCGGAGACGUCGAACCGGUCGUUGGAGCAGAUUGCCGCUGUCUUCGGGGAUGAUUUGCAGGCGGAUGAGGAGGAGCUGAGGGCGAAGGUUGAGAAGGAGGUCUGGGCUGAGACGAGGGAAGAGCAGGUUCAGGUAUGA